CAAGGAGAAGAUUUGGAGCAGAGGUGCGGUGAAAAAAAUAGUUUCUUGCAGUGAUAUAUAGUCCGAGAAAGAGACCUAGCAGGGGAUUAAUUCAAGGUAUUUUCGGGAGUCCAUUAUUGGAGCUGUGCCAUGGAUCUGCCUGCCCCACCAACCAAUCAUCCCAAACCUUUAUCCUCCGUUAUCCUACGCCGCCGCCGUCCUGGAAUAAACAAGUGCUCCGCGAGCCAACAGCGACUCGUCUCGCCUCCACCACUCCCUCGCCACCACUCGCUGCAGCUGCUUCGACCUGACCCGCCUGGACGCGCGCAAUCCGUGGUCGCGAGAUCCGGCACCGGCACCGUCGCCGCGCCACCGCUGCCGAUGACGACGCCCGCGCCGAACCCGACCAUCCGGAGGCUCGACGUGGCCUCGCCGGUGCCGGCGGACAUCGACAUCGCCAACUCCGUCGAGCCGCUCCACAUCGCCGACAUCGCUGCCGAGCUCGGCAUCCCGCCGGAGCACUACGACCUCUACGGCAAGUACAAGGCCAAGGUGCUCCUGUCGGUUCUUGACCAGCUGCAGGGGCAGCAGGAUGGGUACUACGUGGUGGUCGGCGGCAUCACGCCGACGCCGCUCGGGGAGGGCAAGUCAACCACCACCGUCGGGCUGUGCCAGGCGCUGGGGGCGUUUCUUGAUAAAAAGGUUGUCACUUGCGUCCGUCAACCAUCGCAAGGGCCUACCUUUGGAAUCAAGGGGGGUGCUGCUGGAGGUGGCUACAGUCAAGUUAUACCCAUGGAUGAGUUCAAUCUCCAUAUGACUGGAGAUAUCCAUGCAAUUACAGCUGCAAACAAUCUUCUUGCUGCUGCGAUUGAUACAAGGAUUUUCCAUGAGAAUUCUCAAUCAGACAAAGCUCUAUUCAAUAGAUUGUGCCCACCAAACAAAGAAGGGAAAAGGCGUUUUGCUGAUGUAAUGAUUCGACGCUUGAUAAAGCUUGGCAUUUCAAAGACAAAUCCAGAUGAGCUUACACCAGAAGAAGUCAGACGUUUUGCAAGGCUUGAUAUUGACCCUGCGUCCAUCACCUGGAGACGGGUAAUGGAUGUUAAUGAUCGCUUCCUGCGCAAAAUCACAGUUGGACAAGGGCCUGAAGAAAAAGGUAUGGUGAGAGAAACAGGCUUUGACAUAUCAGUGGCAAGUGAGAUAAUGGCUGUAUUAGCUCUUACAACCUCCCUUGCUGACAUGAGGGAAAGGCUUGGAAGAAUGGUCAUAGGGAACAGCAAGGCUGGUGAGCCGGUUACUGCUGAUGAUCUUGGUCUUGGAGGUGCUUUGACUGUCCUAAUGAAAGAUGCUAUUCAUCCCACCCUCAUGCAAACACUUGAAGGCACUCCAGUGUUAGUGCAUGCUGGACCUUUUGCUAAUAUUGCUCAUGGGAACUCUUCCAUAGUUGCUGAUAAGAUUGCGUUGAAGUUGGUUGGGAAGGGUGGCUUUGUUGUUACAGAAGCUGGUUUUGGUGCAGAUAUUGGAACUGAGAAAUUCAUGGACAUAAAGUGUAGGUAUAGUGGAUUGGCGCCACAGUGUGCCAUUAUUGUGGCCACAAUUAGGGCUCUUAAAAUGCAUGGAGGGGGGCCAGAUGUUGUUGCUGGGAAGCCUUUAGAUCAUGCAUAUGUGAAUGAAAAUGUGGGUCUUGUUGAAGCUGGAUGUGUCAAUCUUGCUAAGCACAUCUCAAACACAAAGAGUUAUGGUGUCAAUGUUGUAGUUGCAAUCAACAAAUUUGCAACAGAUACCGACGCUGAAAUGGAAGCUGUGAAAAAUGCGGCUAUGGCAGCUGGUGCUUUCGAUGCUGUUGUCUGCUCCCAUCAUGCACACGGUGGUAAAGGAGCGGUUGAUCUUGGACUUGCAGUUCAACGAGCAUGUGAAAGUCAGGCAGAGCCCCUGAAGUUUUUAUAUCCCUUGGAGUCUAGCAUAAAGGAGAAGAUCGAGUCAAUAGCUAAUUUCUAUGGUGCUAGUGGUGUUGAAUACUCUGAACAGGCUGAAAAGCAGAUCGAGAUAUACACCAAGCAGGGCUUCUCCAACCUCCCGAUAUGCAUGGCGAAAACUCAGUACUCCUUUUCGCAUGUCCCAUCCAUGAAGGGCGCACCCUCUGGCUUUGUUCUGCCGAUAAGAGACGUGCGGGCCAGCAUCGGAGCCGGCUUCAUCUAUCCACUCGUCGGCACCAUGAGCACAAUGCCCGGUCUUCCUACAAGGCCCAGCUUCUAUGAAAUCGACAUCGACACAGCCACCGGGAAAGUCAUGGGUCUCUCAUGAGCUUUGCCAGCACCAUCUGUGGAGUGGGCUGUGCUGUCGCGAAAUUAGAUGUGUGCAGUUUCAGUUUUUUGGACAUUCCUGAAAGGUAGAAUAAAUAAAGAGCCAGAUCGGCUUUGUGCGAUUGUAGAAGACUGGUGUUGCAUUUCAGUUACCUGAUGGCUGUCAAUUUGGUUGAACCUUGCUGUUGUGCUCA